AUGGCAAAAAGAAGAAUCAAACACGAGCAAAUAGCCAACGCGAGCAAGAGAAAUGCCAUUUUUGGGAGAAGGGCGAACAGCUUGCUCAAGAAAGCAAACGAGCUCUCGUUGCUUUGUGGAGUCGACAUUGGGGUAAUAAUCCACAAACAAGGAGCAGAGAAUGAUUCAAUCUUGUGGCCGUCCCCUGACGCCUUUGAGCAGAGACUAUAUAAAUUUUUGGACUUUUCUAAUUUCGAAAGAGCCAAAAAGAUGGUCUUACACGAGCAAUAUUUAGAGAAAAUGAUAAGUAUGGAGUCGGAAUAUUUCCUGAAAUCCAUGAAGAGGACUGAAUUCAAAGAGUCCCAACAAUUACUGAGUGAGGUGCAACAAGGUAAGCAUCUCUGUCAACUUGAUUUGUACCAGCUCAAUUGUUUAAACUCAACUAUAGAUGAAAUGCUCAAAAACCUUCAAAAGAAGGAUAAUGAGCUCAACAAUGAGCAGCAGCAACAACAAGCACAGUUGUUCUCCCUUCCUCCUCCGCCGCUACUGCUUCCUUCUCCUGGAAUGGCAGCGGCCAUGCAACAAGAGAUUGGUGGUAAUGACCAAUUGUUCACGGGGCCGAUGUCCGAAGAGUGA